AUGUUCUUUCCGGCCUACGCCCUCUACGCGAAUCCGCGCUUACCAUAUCUACAAUCGCAACAGGGCAAAGUAGCUGAGCUGCGUCUCGAGCUCAACAAUGGCGGCAAGAAGGACAAGAACCACUCGGCGAAGAAGAUUGCGCUGAAGAAGAUUGUGGCGAACAUGACCAUGAGCAACAAUGACAUGGUGACGCUCUUUGAGGAUAUUGUGGAAUGCAUGAAGAUACCCAGUUUGGAGAUUAAGAAAAUGUGCUUCUUGUACUUGGUCAACUAUGCGCGAAUAAAAUCUGAUGUUGCACUCAGGGCGCUGCCCAUUAUUCUGCAUGACAUGGAAGACAGUAACCCUCUAAUCAGAGCGCUCGCCCUUCGAACGAUUUCCUACAUCCACGUUCCACAAUUUAUUCAAGCCACCGUCCCACCACUCAAGCACCUGCUGAAAGACUCUGAUCCAUACGUCCGCAAAACCGCAGCAUUUUGCGUUGCGAAGGUUUACGAUCAUGACCGGCAGCUCGUAGAGUCAUCAGACCUCAUUGACCGACUGAACGCCAUGUUGCGAGACGAGAAUCCCACAGUAGUGUCGAGCGCGUUGGCAAGCUUGAUGGAUAUUUGGGAGAGGAGCGAGUCCAUCAAGCUUACUAUCGAUUAUGCAAGUGCAUCAAAGAUUGUCCAAAUAUUACCGGAUUGCUCAGAAUGGGGUCAGACAUACAUCCUAGAAGCGAUGAUGAACUACGUACCGCAGGACACUACAGAAGCUGCUCUGCUUGCUGAGCGGAUAUCGCCUCGACUAUCUCACACCAACUCUGCCGUUGUGCUGACCUGCAUUCGGGUUAUCCUAUACCUCAUCAACUACAUCUCUGACCAGAAAGUCAUCGCUUCUCUUUGCACGAAGCUCUCGCCCCCUUUGGUCACUCUUUUAUCAAAAGGCCCAGAAAUACAGUAUCUGGCUCUCCGAAACGCCCUCCUCAUCCUACAACGGCGGCCAGAAGUCCUUCGCAACGACAUCCGCGUCUUCUUCUGCAAAUACAAUGAUCCAAUCUACGUCAAAGUUACCAAACUUGAAUUGAUCUUCAUGCUGGCGACAGAAAAGAAUAUCAAAGAGGUUCUGACAGAGCUCCGAGAAUAUGCGACAGAAAUAGACGUUGACUUCGUCCGCAAAUCUGUCCGCGCAAUCGGUAAACUCGCUAUCAAAAUCGAGCCCGCUGCCCGGCUUUGCAUAAACACCCUCCUUGAGCUAGUUGCUACCAAAGUUUCCUACAUAGUCCAAGAAGCCACAGUCGUCAUCCGCAACAUCUUCCGCAAGUACCCGAACCAGUACGAGUCCAUCAUCAGCACGCUCUGCGAAAACCUAGACUCGCUUGACGAACCCGAAGCCAAAGCCGCCAUGAUCUGGGUCAUCGGCCAAUAUGCCGACCGCAUCGACAACAGCGACGUCCUGCUCGAUGACUUCCUGUACACGUUCAAAGACGAGCCGCAUGAAGUACAGCUUGCGCUGCUAACCGCCACCGUCAAGCUCUUCAUCCAGCGCCCGACUAAAGGGCAGCAGCUCGUCCCCAAAGUUCUGAAAUGGGCCACCGAGGAGACAGACAAUCCGGACCUGAGAGACAGGGGCUACAUGUACUGGCGACUCCUCUCAAGCGACCCGAACACGGCGAAGACGGUCGUCAUGGGCGAGCGUCCGGCCAUUACUGCUGAAAGCGAGAAGUUGGAUCCAGCUACCCUCGAGGAGAUGUGUCUCGUCGUCGGCACACUGGCCACGGUCUACCUAAAGCCAGUACAGCAGGUGUUCCGAUCAGCAAGGCCGCGCAGACUUGUGGAUAGUCCGGCUUUGCAGAAGCACACGCUACCAACGGCGCAAGCCAUUGCGGAGGCGAGGAAGUUGCAGCAGAGGCAGGAUAUGCUACCUCUACACCCCUCGGAGAACACCAAAAUCAAUGGCAGUCAGGGUGACCUGGCAUCGGCGGCCGAUGCGGCGGAUCUGUACUUUGCAGGCGUGGGGAGUGCGGGAAUGGCGAGCAUGCAACUUGACGAUUUGGAUGGCAGGAGCACAGGCACUCCGACACAAGGCUUUGCGCGCUCGAAUCCGUACGUUGUUACGCAGAAUCAGCCGCAGCAGGUGUACGAGCAUAGUAGUAGUAGUCGUAACGGAGAUUUGUUAGAGCUGUAA